UUGAAUUUCAAACAGUGAAGUGAUAAAAUAAGUAAUAACUGUAAUAAAAAAAAACUUUAAAUACAUUCAUAUUUAAUAUAAUCUAACGUGCGAAUAUUAAUAAAAAUUCCAAAAAUAGUAUAAUUUUUUUUAAGAACGAAAAUCAAAUAAAUCAAAAUGCGUUUCAUUACAAGUAUGGCUCAAAUUAUCGAUGGCAAGGCUAUUGCUGCCCAAAUACGCUCAGAAAUUCGCGAAGAUGUUGCUGUAUUCACAGCUCAAGGCAAUCGUGUACCGCAUUUAACAGCCAUAAUCGUUGGCGAAGAUCAAGCCAGUGAGACCUAUGUGCGAAUGAAAAUGAAUGCCGCCAAAGAUGUUGGCAUUAGCAGUACAACUGAACGUUUAUCGGCAAAUGUUACCGAACAGGAACUUUUAGAAUUGAUCGAUAAAUUAAACAAGGAUUCAAAUGUUGAUGGUAUAUUGGUACAAUUGCCAGUGCCGGAACACAUGAAUGAGCGUAAAAUUUGCAAUGCAGUUGUUUGCGAGAAAGAUGUUGAUGGCUUUAAUGUCUUCAAUGUGGGACGCAUGUGUCUCGACAUGAAAUCAAUGAUACCAGCCACACCAUUAGGUGUAAUUGAAUUGUUGAAGCGUACCGGUAUUGAUACCUUUGGAAAGAAUGCCGUAAUUGUGGGACGUUCUAAAAACGUCAGCAUGCCAAUUGCCAUGUUAAUGCACGCCGAUGGCCGUAACGAGACCAAUGCCAUGGAUGCUACAGUAACCAUUUGCCAUCGCUUUACACCACCCAAAGAAUUGGCAAAAUAUUGUUCAAUGGCCGAUAUUAUUAUAACAGCAACUGGUGUUCCCGGUCUUAUAACAAAAGAAAUGGUGAAGCCCGGUGCCUGUGUCAUUGAUGUCGGCAUAACCCGCAUAACGGACAGUAAUGGUAAAACCAAGUUGGUGGGAGAUGUAGAUUAUGAUGAAGUUCGCCAAGUAGCUGGUUAUAUUACACCCGUACCUGGUGGUGUGGGUCCCAUGACUGUGGCCAUGUUAAUGCUCAACACUGUAACGGCUGCUAAAAACUUGGCCGCUGCCUGCAAUAAGAGUUAGUUCCAUGGAUCUGCAGUUUGCUGACAAAUUAGUUAGAUGGCUAUAGUAUUUUUCUUUUUAGUUCUGUUUACUUUUUAAUCUCAUUUCCUAUUUAAUUACGUUUUAUUUUCUUUAUAAAAUCCUUUUCGUUUUUCAUUAACGAAAUUACUAAGUAUAGUACUGUAUGAUGACAAUUUUUCUCUAUAUUUUAAUUUACACAUUUUUAAUAUGCAACAAUAUUAUUGUUAAAUAUAUUUAAUAAUGCUA